AUGGCACUGCCUCCUAGUCCCCUGGCCAUGGAAUAUGUCAAUGACUUUGACUUGAUGAAGUUUGAGGUAAAGCGGGAGCCCUCUGAAGGCCGAUCUGGCCUCCCCACAGCCUCAUUGGGCUCCACACCCUACAGCUCAGUGCCUCCUUCACCUACCUUCAGUGAGCCAGGCAUGGUGGGGGCCACCGAGGGCCCCCGGGCAGGCCUGGAGGAGCUAUACUGGCUGGCCACCCUGCAGCAGCAGCUGGGGGCUGGGGAGGCGCUGGGGCUGAGUCCUGAAGAGACUGUGGAGCUGCUACAGGGUCAGGGCCCAGGCUCUGUUGAGGGGCCCCACGCUUACUACCCAGGGAGCCCAGAGGAGCCAGGAACCCAGAAUGCCCAGCUGGCCGAGCGGUUUUCGGACGCGGCGCUGGUUUCGAUGUCUGUGCGGGAGCUAAACCGGCAGCUGCGGGGCUGCGGGCGCGACGAGGCGCUGCGGCUGAAGCAGAGGCGCCGCACGCUGAAGAACCGCGGUUACGCGCAGGCCUGUCGCUCCAAGCGGCUACAGCAGCGGCGCGGGCUGGAGGCCGAGCGCGCCCGCCUGGCUGCCCAGCUGGACGCCCUGCGAGCCGAGGUGGCCCGCCUGGCCCGGGAGCGCGACCUCUACAAGGCUCGCUGUGACCGGCUGACCUCGAGCGGUCCCGGGUCUGGGGACCACGCCCACCUCUUCCUCUGA